AUGACAGAUGGCGAUGCUCUUGAAAAAGCGAUUGACCCAAUGCUUUCACCUCAAUAUGACUAUCGGGAUGAUGCAACUACACCCACAGCUACCGCUGCCAGCGCUGCAUUUACACGUGGCCAAAAUCUCUUUUACACUCUGAAACUUCCACGCAGCCUUCUUGUCUCGAGUGCUUUUUCCCGUAUCUCACGGAUGAAUUCAACUUUGAAUGACUAUCAGCCUAAUCAAACCCUCACAUCCCCAAUUUCGGCACAACCACCAUCACCGUCUGGACAACCGCCAACUUUGCAAGCGGGGUCACAGCGACCCUUUGUGGAUGCAACACCAAUCACUGAUGAGAAGCAGACUCUUGUAUUCACUGACCCCAUGGAGACUAACUUGCGUGACAUACUGAUCAAGCUUCAGAUCUUCGUGGCUCAACACUACACCCGUUUGCGGGAAGCUCCAUUAAACGAACGACAAAUGCAUCGUGUUUUGCGGGACUUGUGCCGUCUCAUUCUACCUGAAGUCACUUCUUCAACAUCAAGCAAUGCCACUGAUGGAACUUCAAAGGCGGAUAUCUACCAAAUGUGUGGUUUUGCGAGGGCUUUCAAUUCACUUUCUUCCUUACAGAAUCCCUACAAGCCAGACGAUGAUUUCAAAUUACCACCAAGAAUGCUUGUCGUUAUUUGUCUCUCCUCUUUGGUAAAGCAUCGAGGUGGUCUCAUUCGAAAAAUCCUAGAAAACCAAGGUGCAUUUGAAGCAAUCAGAAAGAAUCGUCCACUCGAAGAUUCGCAGGAGUCUGCACCGCCUCCGACCUCCCUUCUAGCUUGGAUGGGAGCUGAUAAAGCCAUGGAAUGUCCAAUAUUUCCUCUUCUGCCGGCUGUACGAGCUGUUUCUUCAGUGAUGUGUGAGAAUUUUGACACUAUCGGCAACCCCAUCGCGGAGGACGAACAGCUAAAUCCCCUACUGUUCCAGAGUUCACCCAACGCAGACUCGGUCUUUCUAGAGCUCUUCCUUCACUGUUUUGACACUUUCUACGACUUCUGGUUUGCUUUGAAUGCUGAACCAUGUGAUUUGGAAACGUCUGUUGUCUUGACGAUUGAUACUGAGCAACCAACUGACCAAGAGAUGGAUAUUAUAUUGCGACCCUCGUCAGCGAAACAAAAUCGACGCAAUCAAAUCGUUCUCGGAGCCCCAUCGGAGUACAUCCAAACCUCGUGGAUUGAUGGCUUUAGUUGUCUCCGGAAGGAGAAGGCUAGUUUUAUAUGCCACACCUUCGCAGUCCUUGAGGAGAGAGAUAAUAAUGGUCAAACUUUUCAUUUUUUUCAGUUUACCAGUGCUGCAUUCGCGGACGACGUUAACCUUAUCUCCAACUUGGAACUUCGUAUCCGAUUAUUUGGGUUGAAUUUGGACUCAGUUCCGACCAAGCCGAUUAAAUGGCCACCAUCCUACCCCGACCUCGAAGUUAAACUCGCGAGCUUGAUCUUGGCCCGCGUGAUCACUGGGCGUCUUGAAGUUUGGUCCCGCUUUACCAAUACAAUGGUUUCACAUAUCAAAUGUCAAUCUGCUUCUUUGCGCAGUGCUGAUGAGGUUCUUAGCAUAUUGAAGGUUGACCUUAAAACUGGCCUGACCAACGCUGAAGCCUUGCGCAGAUAUGCGGAAAUUGGACCUAAUGAGUUUAAAGCAGAGCCACCUGACCCGCUAUGGCUAAAAUACUUGAAACAAUUCCUUGAACCUAUGAUCGGCCUUCUCAUUAUCUCCUCCUUUGUAAGCAUACUCAUGGGGCAGUUUGACGAUGCUGUUAGCAUUUCCACGGCCAUUUUCAUUGUGGUCACAGUGGGUUUCAUACAGGGCUACAGGUCAGAGAAAGCAAUCGAGUCGCUGAAAAAGCUAAUGCCUCCCAAGUGUAAUUGCUUGCGUGAAGGGAAGCUUCAUUCAAUGGUCGCAUCUAAUCUCGUUCCUGGUGAUAUCGUUCAUCUCGUUCUUGGGGAUCGCGUUCCUGCCGAUCUGCGCAUUAUUGAAUCCUCUGAUUUACGAAUUGACGAGUCAAAUCUGACUGGAGAGACAAAGGCUGUUGCCAAGCGCUCCACUCGCCUCCCCUCGCAACCGUCUGAUCCUUGUAUAUCGAAGACCAUCGAAGGUGUUUCGCCUUCCAAGUCGUUUCCGGAUUCUGCCUCUAGCACCGUGUUCAAGCGUAACGACAGCUUUGCGGGUUCAUGGGGGGAUGGAGAGACUAUAAUAAAUUUCGGGAACACCACAUCGCCUCUCCUUCCUUCGAAACGAAUCGAAGGGACUCAUUGUCUUACCAACAUCGCUUUCAUGGGCACUCUGGUCUGUUCGGGUAAUGCGGUUGGCGUUGUUAUAGCAACUGGGGAGUACUCCGAAUUUGGCGAAGUUUUUAAGAUGAUGAAGAUAGAAGAGGCUCCGAGGACACCUCUGCAGAAGAGCAUGGAUCGAUUAGGAAAGCAUUUAUCGAUUAUCUCAGGUGUCAUUAUUCUCGGAAUUGUGUUCCUUGGCCUUAUCCAGGGGAGGAAUAUCUUGGAGCUUAUUACUGUGGCUGUCAGUCUUGCUGUGGCCGCGAUCCCUGAGGGUUUGCCUAUCGUGGUGACAGUCACUUUAGCCAUUGGCCAAAUGAGAAUGGCUACAAGGAAUGCCAUAAUAAAAAGGUUGCCUGCUGUUGAGACGUUGGGCUGCGUUAACGUGAUUUGCGCUGACAAGACGGGAACCAUGACAAAGAACGAGAUGACAGUGACACACGUGGUCACUAGCGCCAUGGAACGCGCAACUGUAAGUGGUGUGGGGUACAGUCCAUCGGAUGGGGAGGUCAUCCUAGAUCACGAUGACAGGACGCGCUCUGCUAUUCGCCAUGCUAACCUUCACCGAUUGGUUGAGAUGCAAAUCCCUGAUCCACGAUUGAUGAACACAAGGGUGAAGGAGUGGCCAUUCAAUUCAGACCAGAAAUUGAUGGUCGUGCAAGUUGGCUCUGCAAGACUUAGUAAACCCUGCACCUCUACCUAUUUCAUCAAAGGCGCACCGGACCGUGUGAUACCGCUCUGUACGCAUUACCGAUCCGCAGCCGUUACCACUGCCACCGAGUUGGGGCCAGUGACACCAUUAGGCGAAUCCGAGCGUCGGAACGUUUUAACGGAGGCAUCACGCAUGGCAGCGGGUAGUGGUCUACGAAUCCUAGCACUCGCAGAGGGCUCCUCUGUUGAUAGAGACUUUAUUUUUGCCGGGCUGGUGGGUCUGCUAGAUCCACCGAGACCUGAUGUGGAGGACGCAUUAGAGAAGUGCUAUCGAUCUGGUGUACGCGUUAUCAUGAUCACUGGUGACUCAAAGGAGACUGCUUGUGCUAUCGGAUCUCGUCUUUCACUCUAUCGACCAGGUGAUGUGUGCUUAAGUGGAGAUGAGGUAGACACAAUGGACAUUCAUCAGCUACAGUCGCAAAUCCACAGUGUCACCGUCUUCUAUCGUACUGGCCCGCGUCAUAAGUGUAAGAUCGUUAAGGCGCUGCAAAACCGCGGCCUUGUGGUAGCAAUGACUGGAGACGGCGUAAAUGAUGCAAUCGCACUGAAGUCCGCCGACAUCGGAGUAGCCAUGGGUGCUAGUGGCACUGAUGUCUGUAAGGAGGCUGCAGACGUCGUCCUCCUCGAUGACGCGUUUGCCUCCAUCCUGGCUGCAAUGGAGGAAGGCAAGGCACUCUUCGCCAACAUCUGCAACUUCAUCCGCUUUCAACUCUCCACGUAA